AUGGAUCAAUAUUUUGAAAGUCCAAUUGUUGAAGAAGCUGUCAUUCCUUCGGAAGGAGCUCAAGCUUCAAGAAGCUCAUUUGAAACACCUAAGCUGGACAUAUCUAAAGGCAAAAGCAGGCUGCCUGCUCUGAAUUGCGAGCUUGAGAGAGAGAACUCCGACAAAGCUUCAAAGAUCUCAAAACUUCAAGCAAAUCUUGGUGGUCUAACUACUCUAUUCUUUGACCUGAAACAACGCCUAUUUCAAAAGUUUGGUGAUGAAUUUCAACCUUUAAGCGCUGAAGGAGAAAGGAUCACUACUUCUAGUUCUGGUCCCGCCAAUCCAGCUUCUGAAUCAUCAAGUGAAAGAACUACAAGACCUUCUCUGGAUGCAAAUCUUGAUACAUUCUUAUCCUCUGGUCCUGCUUCUGCUCAAGAAAGAAGAGAAAAGCAAAUCAGGGUUGAGCAGCUGAAAGGGAAUAUGCUUGUGAUGAAGCAUUCAGACCAAAAUGCUCCAGGGGAAAAGUGGAAGAAUUGA